GGGUGCUAUGGAAAAAAGAACACCAGCUUCCCCUGGCCCGAGGGAUAUUUUAAAAGGCCUUGGGUUUCCCGCCCUCCCAGACCUCGUGGGAGUCCCUGCUCUUCGACGAUUCCUGCCAAGAUACCUACGAUUUGCACUGCAGCCCUGAGCUUGAUCGACCUUCUCUGACGCUUGCUUUCACGUGUCCGCCUACCUCAAAAAGAAGCUCUUGGCUCUCGAUACAAAGAUCGCUGCUGUCCCUCGAAAAACACACACAAACACACGACCCUCGCAUCGCGCACACAAAGACACACAAACACGACCGCUGCAACAAUGGCCCCAACAAAGCAACAAUCAACCAGGCAGUUCGCCACGAGCUCGAGGGUCUUCCCUCCCUAUCUGCCGUACCUGCAAGCCCCCAAGACGCCGAGGGCCGCGAAGCUGAUCCCAUCGGCCGUCGCGCUAGCGGGGAUAGGCUACGGCGUGUCCAUGUACCGCCAGUCCCAGGCUGCAAAGCAGGCUCCCGGCCGCCGGCCCAGCGGCGCCGAGGACGAGGCCGAGCGGCGGCGCAGGACCGAGGAGCUGAUGACGGCCUACGGCGACCGGGACUCGCUCGAGUCGCUAGAGGAGGCGAUCCGGGUUUACGAGUCACAGCAGCGCCGCUGAGGCAUUGAUUGCUAUUUUGCUCUUUUUUGGGAGUUUGUUUUUCUUUUCCCUUUCCGCGGGAGGCACACUUUUUUUUCGCCAUCAUGCGUGGCGUGCGUGAUGAGGUGUCGCCCCCGAAAGCGUCCUGCAUAUUAUGGGUUCCCUUUCCUGUCGUCCGCAUCAGCUUGGCGUUUUUUGUCUCUUUAGCGUGAGGGGGUAUCGGUCGGGUUUGAGCUCGGUUUACGAGGAGUUAAUGGAGUUACGAGAAAGGAGGGGUCCCACCUUCCCGAGGGCGAUGAUCAUCAGGCCUGCAGCAUGCCCGCCGUGGGGGUUUGCCAGCACAGACAGGCCUCUGAUGCAAGCGCGGUGGUUUAGGCGCGCGAGGCGUAUCAUCUUUUUAGGACAAAAAAAAUCGCUCUAUGCUGUGUUUGGGUUUUUCUCGUGCUGAGAUUGACUGUCGCGCAA